AUGAAGACAUAUCAGUUAAUCGGUUCGCAAACUUUGAUAUCUGAAGACAACUGGAGAACAUUUCAGACGCGAUGUUGAAGACGCACGAGCAGCUUGGUCCGAAGCGACGAUCGACUACCAAAAGUUGUUUGUUGCAAUUAUCGAACUGGAUCAGGAAAGAAGAAACGAAUUCAUCGGUACUAAUAAUUUUAUUAUUCGUAACAGAAUCCAACGAACCGCAACAAAACUGUCUAUCUUUUUUGAAUAGGAAUUUUCUAAUCGACUGGAUUUUUUUUGUCAUUUUUCAACAUUUUAAGAGUCUCGUCGUCGAGGAUGAAGCUUCUCAAAGAGAUCACCCUCAAACUUCCGAUACUUUUGCCAUUUUCCACACACACACGAUCACCUAUUUCUCGAGCGCUGAAAAAUGUACAUCUCACAUAUUUAUCGUGUUUUUCUUUUCCUUGCUCAUUGUACUGUUAUUCAAAUCAAUUAAUUUAUUUUGUUGUUUUAGUCUGA